UUGUGGUGCAGGAUCUUGGUCAUUUGAUAUGGCAAGCACGUAUCCAUCAAUUAAUGUUGUAGGAUUAGAUAUAUCUCCAUACCAACCGACACAGAUAAAACCUGACAAUUUUACAUUCGUUAAAGCAAAUGUUCAAGAAAGAAUACCAUUUGAUGAUAAUACAUUUGAUUUUGUAUUUCAGCGAUAUUUGAUCGGUGGACAUUCUAAAGAAAAAUGGCCAAAUGUAAUAAAUGAGAUGGUCAGAGUUUUAAAGCCUGGUGGAUUCUUAGAAUUAUGUGAACCUUCUGCAAUGCAUGAUGCUGGACCAACAACUCAACGAUUAUGUAAUGCUGAAUUAGAGAUUAUGGAACGACGAGGAUUAGAUGUGAAUUUACUACAAAAUUUAGAGAAAUAUGUACAAAAUCAAGAUAACCUAGAAAAUAUUGAAAAAGAAUUAAGACGAUGUCAUCAUGGUGCAAAAUCCAAUAAUACUGAACUUAGCAAAGUGGUAAUCACAACUACUAGGGUUGCUAGUGCAGAGUACUUGGAAACACCAAUGAAGCACCAAUAUGGUGUGUCAGCUAGCAUGCACAAUAGUAUGGCACAUAAAUGGUGA